AAAAUCUUUUCAUCCCGAACUCAGGAUGCCAUGCCACAAUCAACAACUGAACAAUGUGAGCAGCGGCCAGGAGCAUCCAAUGAAGCAAGUUCGGUUUGCUAACAGCAGCAGUGUGCCCGCAGUACUGACCAGCAGCUCCGAGCCGAAUGAUGGUGUUAUUACACAAGAGUCUGUCACUGUCAGCCAAGACACCCUGAACCUGUAUCUGAACCUGGCACCUCAGCUUAAACUGCUGCCUCUGAACGACCAGAUCCGUGAGCUGCAGACGAUCAUUAGAGACAAGACAACCAGCAGAGGAGAUUUUGUUUUUUGUGCGGACCGACUGAUCAGACUUGUAGUGGAGGAGGGCUUGAACCAGCUCCCCUUCUCAGAAUGCACUGUGACCACUCCAACAGGGUACAAAUAUGAAGGUGUCAAGUUCGAAAGAGGCAACUGUGGAGUCAGCAUUAUGAGGAGUGGUGAGGCCAUGGAGCAGGGUCUUCGCGACUGCUGCCGCUCCAUCCGCAUCGGAAAGAUCCUCAUCCAGAGUGACGAGGAGACCCAGAAGGCGAAGGUCUACUACGCAAAGUUUCCCCCAGAUGUGUACCGAAGAAAAGUGCUGCUCAUGUACCCCAUUCUCAGUACAGGGAACACUGUGAUCGAGGCAGUGAGGGUGCUGAUAGAACACGGAGUUCAGCCCAGACACAUUAUACUCCUCAGCCUCUUCUCCACGCCUCACGGAGCCAAAUCUAUAAUCCAGGAAUUCCCAGAUAUCACCAUCCUGACCACAGAGGUUCACCCGGUCGCUCCGACACAUUUUGGACAGAGAUACUUUGGCACCGACUAAAAUGAGGACAACCUGAGGAACAUGAUCAGCAAAGUGCUUUGGUUAUAUUUUGGGUAUACUUUGUCUUGUAUCUCAUGUUCUCCUUGUUGUGCCAUAUACUGCUACUCUUACAAAGUUUCUAAACUGAACCCAAAUCAAUAAUCACGUUUGUAUUUAUUGCUUUUUUGCUGUGUGCGCUCCUUGCUGUAGAGAGAAAAACCACAGAGAUUAAAAUGUGGAUCAUUUUAUUUCGCAUGGUAACAACUGGUUGAUCAAUAAAAAGAAUUUAUAUUUGUUUACAGACAAAACAGAAAA